AUGGAGGUCAUAGUGAGACCAAUUACGGCAAAAGAUAAAGAGCAAUGGACCAGGCUUUGGAAGUUAUAUCAGGCUUUCUACCAUGUAUCGUUAUCUGAUGAAAUUGGUGACUCUACGUUUACGAGAUGCCUAGAUCCCGAUGUCAAAAUGUGGGCGGCGCUCGCAAUAAGCCCAAUUACGAAUGAGCCGAUCGGCAUGGUUAACUACUUUAGCCACAUCCAGACAUGGGAUGUCAAGGAUAAAAUCUUGUUGAACGACCUUUACGUCGAUGAAGAGGCAAGAAUAAAAGGUGCGGGCAAAAAGCUGAUUCAGUAUGUAUAUGACCAUGCCGACAAAUUACAAACACCUCAUGUAUACUGGAACACCGACCAUUUCAACCACCGAGCGCAAUUGCUGUAUACGAAAAUUGGUUACAAAACAGAUAAGGUGCAAUAUCGUAGGAAGGGGUUCUGA